GGCAGCUCCAAACACCAAAAGUUGUCAUCAUCACAUCAUGAUGGCGUCGAAAAUUGUGGUCAUUGGCGAUGUAGACGGGCAGUUCCAGGCUGUCUUCCAGAAAGUAAAUGCGUUACACGCGAAGAACAACUUUGCUUUCGCGCUCAUUGUUGGCAACUUAUUUGCAAGCACACAGAGCUCGGGUGAUGUAGUCGAUCCAGAUGUGCGGUCACUUGUGGAUGGCAAGAUCGAGGUCGCGCUGCCGACAUACUUUGCUCUUGGCAACCAUGCUCUACCACCUGCGGUCGUCGAGAAACUGCAGUCGUCGGACGAUGAGCUGUGCCACAACUUGCAUUUCCUCGGCAAACGGACGACUAUGAAGACCUCCGAAGGAAUUCGUAUUGUUGCUCUCGGCGGUCAGAUGGACCCCAGCAUCAUUGCAGGUCCGUCCAAGGAUAGGUACCCGCCAUUUUACGGCGAGACAGACGCAAAGGUUCUGCGUGGAGCAACAACGGCGGAUAUCCUUGUGACCAGCGACUGGCCGGAAGGAAUACAAAAGCGCUCAAAGGUCGAGCUUGGUGCAGAUGCAUCACCCUCAGCGCAACAGUGCAUCGCCGACCUCGGCAUAGUCUUGAAACCGAAGUAUCAUUUUUCAACGUCGGGAAACUCGUUUUGGGAACGAGAGCCCUUCUUCCAUCCGCCCAGUGAUGACACCGAUAACCUCUACCCAGUCACCCGGUUCAUCAGUCUGGCACGAUAUGGCAACUCUAACAAACAAAAGUGGAUCUAUGCUUUCUCAUUGGAUCCCAAGGCGAGUAAUCCUGUUGCGCCUCCCACUGGCUCUACAGCCUGUCCUCUUGUUUUAUCAGAGAAGAAGCGUCCUGCGUUAGAGCCACAAGAACAAGCUCUUGUGUACGAUGAUGGAACUCGAGGUGGCCGAAGAUCGCACAAACGCCGCAAAGGUGAGCCUCGAGGACCACUCACCGCAGCAGAAUGCUUCUUCUGUCUCGCCAAUGAAAACAUUGCGACCCAUUUGGUCACCUCAAUUGGCGACAGCUCGUACGUCACAACAGCAAGGGGACCACUCUCAACAUCACAAACCUACCCCAAGCUCGGCUUCCCCUGUCAUAUGCUGAUAAUUCCUUUCUCUCACCAACCGACACUUGCUGCUAUGGAAGAGGAGGAACGUCUCGCUACCUAUGCUGAGAUGCAAAAGUACCGAGUUGCUAUGAACGGCAUGCUCAAUUCAGCUGCCGGCGAAGAGUACGGCUCUGUAACAUGGGAAGUAAGCAAAUCGAGUCUGCCCCACACGCAUUGGCAAUACCUUCCAGUCCCGGCGGAUCUCAUCCGCAAAGGACUCGUCGAAGCUGCCUUCAAAGCGUUGGCUGAGAAUUUACAUUGGCCGGCUUUCACGAAAGAAGAUGUUGGUGAUGGGUUCGACGAGACAAGCGACUUCUUCAGGGUCAUUGUGUGGGAUCCAAAGAAUCCAACAGAGAAGCAGACAAGCUUAGUCAUGCGCUUUGACGACAAAGUCCGCUUCCACAGCCAGUUCGGUCGAGAGGUCCUAGCAAAGCUAUUGAGACUAGACAAGCGGAUCGAUUGGAGGGACUGCGGGCAGACACAACCCCAGGAGGAGCAAGAUGUUGACAAGUUCAAGAAAGCCUUCAAAAGCUUCGACUUUGCGGCUGAGUAG